CCCGCCCCCGCUUCCUGCCGCGCUGGGUCCCUGCCCCGGAGGGACGCGGGCGGCGGCGGCGGGGCCGGCCCUGGGGGAGAGGAGGUGGCGGGGACCAUGCUCCCAGAGGAGGUUCGGAGGCUGCUGGAAGAUGCUGAAUGUUACCUGGUGGAUGGACUGCAGAAUGAAAAUUUGAGCCCUAAAGCAAGGGAGCAGAGGGAUGCAAUUCUCUUCAGCUUUCAGCAAGUCAAAGCCAGGUAUCACUUGGAAUUUCUGCCCCGAGGAGAGGAUCAGCAUGAUGCUGGCUUUGGACAAGACAGUUCUGAUGAAAAUCAGAGCUGGAGUUUGGCCCCUUCCAUGACAUCUGAUGUCUCACUUCCAUCAGACUUCCUGGAUGAUGGACUGGAGGAAAUCACACCGAGGCCUGUUCAAGACACUGGGAACAUUCUGAAGCAAGGAUAUCUGGAGAAGAGGUCCAGAGACCACAGCUUUUUUGGGUCGGAGUGGCAGAAGCGGUGGUGUGUCCUCAACAAAAGGACCUUUUAACUACUAUGCCACGAGAAAAGCAAGCAACCUAAAGGCACCUUCUCCAUCGAGCAAUAUAGUGCCCGGCUGGCUUUCCAUCUCCGCAAAGACUCUCGCAGAAGAUGCUGUUUUGAAUUAAUCUGCCCUGGCAAACGCACCUAUGAGUUUCACAGCCCCAGUCCAGCAGAGGCUGAAGAUUGGGUGGAUCAGAUCCAGUUCCUCCUGAAGGACUUGAGUUCCCUCACUAUCCCAUAUGACGAGGAGGACGAGGAAGAGCUCUACAAUGAUGUGGACAGUUCUGACUCAGUGACCACAGCAUCCCACAACACUACCCUGAAUCAGGAUGAUGGGAUGGAAGAGGAUGACGUCUAUGAGGUUUUUCCAGAGAAGGAGCCCUCCAUCGCAGAGGACAGCAAGGAUGCCGGAAGCGGACAGAGAAAUGGAGGCCCCCAGCGAGAUUAUGCCAAUUACUACCAAGGCAUGUGGGACUGCAGCGGCGAGCACCCCAAUGAGCUCUCCUUCCACCGUGGUGACCUCAUCUACAUCCUGAGCAAGCCAGCUCGUGUCCCCGCUGUCACCCUGUUUUUGCCUGCAGCAUUCAGUGCCACUCCUGUCCGUGCCUCCUGCAUUCACAUGCAGCACUUGAAAUGCCCCAAAGCAAGAUUUUUUUCGCAGUAAUGGAGUCUGUGCGUGCUGUUGCUCAGGUAUUACAGGGGUAAUUGAGUUGCUCAGCCAAGUAUGACCAGGGCUCUCUUCGGCAGGCGCACGCAGGUGAAUAAAUUACCUGUUCGCACUAGCAGGUCCGCAGGGGUGAGAGCAGGGCCACCAGCAGCCAUCGGUGCCUGUGACCCUUCCAGCCCCACUCGUCCCCGCAGGGCUCUGCCCUGGCUCCAAGCCGCUUCCCGCCUGAUUGCGGUGGCCCCGGCUGGCAGCGGUGAGCAGGGCCAGUGGCAUUUUGUGGGUGGCAUUUCACUUCGCAUCCCGAUCUGGCACGGGCACAGUGAUGAAGUGGUGGGGGGGCCGCAUUACACGGCUGGUUUUGCAGUGCACCACACAACCCAACUUCAUGCUCAGUGCAGCUCUGGCAGCAAGGAGAGAGGGAACAACGCCAUCAGCCCUGCACAGAGCAUCCCUCGGCCGAGGUGCCAGGACAGCAGGUGCCUUUGGCUUCCUGCGCUGUGUCCCUGGCUCCAGCCCCCUCUCCAGGGAGGUUUGGCAGCCACAUCUCAGGGCUCAGCAUCACCCACGCGCUGAGCAUCCUCCCCGGGGUGGCAGGGAUGGGGGGCACGCCGUGGUUUGUUGGCGGGCAGGCGACCAUCAUGCCCCAGCUGCCCACAAUGGGCACCUGCCUGGGGGAGGCUGAGAAAACCCGAAGCAGGAAAGGGCGCUGCAUGCAGUGGUGGGUUACAGAUCUUUGGGGAUGAAGAGUCUGAGGCUUGUUAAGACCAACACCGUGUUUUACAGCUGAGAAAAAGAAUGGGAUUUAAUUUUGCCUCCUGGUGGUAGGCACAGGAUGUCCCUGUGGUAGAAAUGGGUGACCGGCCGCUGCAGCAAUGGGCAGGGGAGCGGAGGCAGCAGCCUCAGGCCUCCUCUUGGAGGCCUUCUCUGAGCCCUUGAGGCUGGACCCUUGGCACGGGAGCCCCGUGCUCCUGCCGGGCACAUCUGCACCGUGGUGGGGCUGGGACUGCAGCCUGCAGCUCACCCUGGUGGGCCGCGAGCCGGGCACUGCUGGUGCCGCAGCAGCCCCGAGCCCGGCGGGGGCCGACCA